GUGUAUUAGCCGUAUAUUACCGUGCCGUGUACAGCGCCCGUUACUACCGAGUCCGAGCCAGCAGUACUCUAGUAGCAGUUAUCGCCAACAGGUGUUUUUCCGAUUUUCUCCGUCGCCGGACGUCUCUGUCGCGUCAAACAGUCGUACCGCAACCCGUUACCGACCUCAGAGGUUUGGAAGGUUUUCGUGAGGCAGCGAACCCAUCAUCGCCUAACCCACACACACACACUUUAGCCGAUCCACGUCAUGUCGUCCUACGACGCCAACAACGAUCUGGAGCCGCAGCAGGUGGCCGAGCCCACCGUCCGGCUGUGCGUGUUGCGCACCUGGCCCGAGCACUUUGACGGGUACGGAUUCAACUUGCACGCCGAAAAGUCCAAGACGUCCGCUUCGUCGCCCAACGGCGGUCUGCCGUUCUCCGGCGGUCAGUUCGUCGGCAAGGUGGACCGGGGCAGCCCGGCCGAGAGCGCCGGCCUCAGGGAGGGCGACAGGAUCGUGCAGGUUGACGGGGUGGAUAUCGACGGCGAGACGCACUCCAAGGUGGUGGCUCGCAUCAAGAAGGGCUCGGCUGCCGACGGCGACGCUGACGACUCGGCGGUCAGCCGCUGUUCGCUGCUGGUGGUCGAUCGCAGGGCCGACACGUACUACAGGGAGAAGGGCAUCAGAGUGCACGCCGACAUGGGACUGCAAGUGCUGGUGUUGCGUACGCCCGAGGAACCUACGCCCGAAUGUCUCGCUCAACAGCCGCCACAGAACGCGACGAGCCCAAAGACCGCAGCGGCGACGACGACGACGGCGGUCGCCGGCGAAGUAGUCGCAAACAAGCCACAGCAGCCGAACCACAGCGACGACACUGCAAAGCCCGCAAACUCUACUACUUCGUCCACCACCACCACUACUACGACGUUAAAUCUGAACAUGACGGCUGCCGAGCUGCGCCGACGAUUGGCCGAGCGCAAGAAGCAAGACUCGCGACGCGCCGGGGGUGCUGGAGACGGAUCGUUAGAUUUCCGUAAAAAGUACGAGAUCGUCGACAAGUUGUGAAAACGAAACCUGCACAACGUGCUGAAUCUUUUUACACACACGCCCCAUACAUACAUACACGCAUUUUUAAAUACACGCGCCCUAAGUUAUUUUAGUGAAUUUUAGGAUAAUAAUUAUAUAUAUAUACGUAAUAAUAUAUUAUCAUAUUGCGUUAAGUGAGUUUAUAUCGAUUAAGUGUUUGAAAAAAAAAAAAAAAAAAAUUGUGUACUUUAGCGUUUAGUAUUUAUCGUCGUCCGUCCGAAAGUCUAUAUAAGGUUAUACAGGGUACGUCUAUUAUACAUAAUAUACCUAUAUAGCCGCGCAUGCGAUUUUAUCGCCGCAAUGCCGUUGUAUAUUUUUUUUUCUCUAUUUUUUUCUCAGUUUCGAAUAUCGGCGAAAUCCGUCGUCGCGUUGUACGAUUUAAAUUUAUAUAAACAUCAAAAACGUAUUUCAUAUAUUUUUUUUUUAUAUUACCUGUAUAAUAUGACGUGUCUGCGUGUGUACGAUCGCGUCUAUCGUCGUUUUCUGAUGUUUUCCGUUUUGUUGAACCAGAAGAAAACUACGUAGAUAUAUAUAAUAUUUUAUGGCACACACGCAAACACGCACACAAAACAUUACGUAUACUCAAUAACCGCGUGUCGUUACAAAAACAAUAUAAUAUAAUAUUCUUUACUAAUUAUUAUUAAUUUAGUGGUUAGUACAUUAUAUAGUAAAUAAUCUCGCGACGAAAAUAUUAUAUUAUUGUAGUCGUACGCAGACCUUUAUAAAUAAAGAUAAUAUAUAUUCUAUAGGCGAUUUAAAAAAUAGCUACUGUAGGUGUCUACGCAUAGUAAACUAUUAUUCUACACGAUAUAUUGUCAUUUAUCAUUAUAAUAUAAUAUCAUUUAUAUAGAGUACUUAAUUAUACGUUUAUAAAAAAAAAAACAACCUAUUGCUCCAAAAGAAAUACCUGUAUGAUAUUAUUAUUAUACUAUGUGUUUCUAUAUAUUAUAAUAUUAUGCAAUAAAUAUAUAUUAUGAUUUCUCGAA